AUGUUUUUCUCACUCUCUUCAAUACGAAAGCCUAAACAAGAAUUCAAUUUAUUACAUUUAGAAACUCAAGAAUACUACUUUCUAUCCCUUAAAGUUUCACUUCAUAAUAAUAAUGAGUAAUUAAUUUCAUAUAAGAAUAGAAUUCGUGGUAAAUUACAUAUCUGUUCCCGUUCUUUAGUAUUUCAACCAAACUAACCAAAAUUACCCAUGAUUAAGAUGAAAUACUCAAAUAACCUUAUAAUGAAGAUUUUGCGUAAUAUUGAUACAAAAACUAUGAAUUAAAUCAUGUCAAUUAAAUGGACUCCUUCAUUAUUAAUGGAAGAUAUUGACUCAUUAGAUAUUAAUUAAUUGUAUUAACAUUUCAAAAGAAAUAAAAAUAAUGAAUUAUUAGAUCGACUCUACAAAAUUUAAUCUAGAACUGCCAAUUAACAAUAUACUAUUAUGUUUAUUAGAGUAGAUAAACUAUUUGUUAUUAAUAGAAAUCCUAUUAGUCCCUACAUUACUGAGACUGUAAACUAAUAUCAUUAUUAUCUAGUGUGAUGAGAAUAUUGUCUUUUCAAUUUCAUAAUCAAAUUCAAAAUAAAAUAUUGUCAGAUUUCUCAAACUUUAUUAAGGACUUACUUAAGCAGAAGAUGAAAACUCAUUUAUUAAUACAAUUAUCAAUACAACAUUAAAUGAAGCAAUGAAUGAACAUAGAGCUUAAUCAUCUUAAUAAGGACUUAAAAUUGAACUUGCAGUUAAAUGUAAAUUAAUUAAACCUGAAGGAAUUAUAUAUGGAUUAUUUUCUAUUUAAAGAGAUGAAGGAAUUAAAUAUAUUCCAUUAAUCAAUUCACCAAAAGGAAAAAUAUUAAUGUGGUAAUUGACUGAUAUUAAAUUCUUCUUAAAAUAUACUUACAUGUUUAAAUAAAUAGGUUUAGAAAUAUGGUUCUUUAAUAAAAAAAGAAGUGUUUUACUUGUUUUUGAAGAUAUAUAAUAAUUAGAAACAGUCUAUAAAUAUUUAAUAAGAAAAACUACUAAAAAUUAAAUAAGUUCAAUAACAAUUGAAAAAUUGACUGAACUUUGGGUAAAUGGUAAUUUAAGCAAUUUUGAUUAUUUAAUGUCUUUAAAUACUUUUUCUAGUAGAAGCUUUUGUGAUCUAUCUGCUUAUCCUGUAUUUCCUUGGGUUAUUUCAGAAUAUAAUGAUAAAACAUUUGAUUUAUCAUCUCCAGAAUUUUUCAGAGAUUUAUCUCGUCCUGUUGGUGCUCUAAAUAAACAUAGAUUAUAAAAAUAUAAAUAAGCCUAUUAAGAUUAAUUGAAAAACUAAAAAAACAAUAAUAAUAAUGAUAUGAUACCUUAUAUAUAUCCAACUCAUUAUUCUAGUCCUGGAACUGUUGUUUAUUAUUUAAUAAGAAAAAUACCUGAAUUUGUAAUUAAAUUAUAAAAUGGUGUAUUUGGACCAACAGAUCGUAUUUUUAGAGGUAUUGAUAGUACUUGGUAUACAACAUUAAAUUUACAUGCAGAUUCUAAAGAAUUAAUUCCAGAAUUUUAUUCACUAGAUCCAGAUUUCUUGAUCAAUUGUGAUAAAUUAGAAUUAGGAAUGACUUAAGAAGGAGAAAUAAUAGAUGAUGCUAUUAUACCACCUUGGGCUAAUUCAAUGACUGAUUUCUUAUUAAAAAUGAGAAUGGCUUUAGAAAGUGAUUAUGUAAGUUCUUAACUACCUAAAUGGAUAGAUUUAAUAUUUGGUUGCAAAACUAGAGGAGAUGAAGCUGUUAAGUAAGAUAAUUUAUUUUAUCCUUAUACUUAUGCUGAAAAUGUUAACUGGAAUUAAUGUAGAACAUCUAUAGAAAAAUAAGCUUUGGAAACCUAGGUAGCAGAAUUUGGAUAGGUACCAAUUUAAUUAUUUAAUUCAAAUCAUCCAAAUAGAAAACUCAAAAUAUAUUCUACAUUAAGAUAAUAAUAAUAAUAAUAGUUAAAUUCAUCAAGUUAAAGAAAUCUAUAAAUAAAUGAUAUAUAAUAAGAUUCUUAGAAUAAAGAUUAUGUUACAUGUUUGUAAAAUUAAGUAUCAUCUUUAUAAUGGGAAAAUGAAAAACUGAAAUUUAAUUUAGAUACAAUUAAACAAGAGUUAUAAUUUUAAAAAAUUGAAACAUUCAAUUCAUAAUAUGAUUAAGUAUAUAUAAUUAAUUCUAUCUUAUUUAGGAGGAAAUUGAUAAAAAAGGAUAAGAUUUGAUGAGUGAUGAUAGUUUAUAUCAACAAAUAAAAAUAUGA